AUUUAUGAAAAAUCAGUGCAUGCAAUCGUCGCUAAGUGAGUUUUGUGUGAAACGCGAUAAUAAUUUUUGUGAAAAAAAACCAUGCAAUUGAAUUAAGAAAAAUUCCGGAAUAUUAGCAAAAUUUUAUUAAUUACAAAAAUGACAAAGAGUUCAAUCUGUACGGAAUACAAUGAAAUCAACGAGAACGGACGCAAUGGAUGGAUGGAUAAGUUUCAGUCAAUCAAAGAGAAAUCUGAACAAGAGGCCAAGGAAAAGAAAUUUUCCUUCGAUGUAGCGAAUAAGGCGGACAAUCGACGAUUUAACAGAUACAGAGAUGUUAAUCCGUACGAUCACUCACGCAUCGUUCUACAUCGCGGUGACGUUGACUACAUAAAUGCAAACUUAGUAACGAUGGACAAGGCCAAUAGGAAGUAUAUUUUAACGCAAGGACCCCUACAAAAUACUGUCGGACACUUUUGGCUAAUGGUUUGGGAGCAGAACUCCAAAGCAAUAUUAAUGCUCAAUAAAAUUAUAGAAAAGAAGCAGGUAAAAUGCCAUCAAUACUGGCCGGAAAAGAAAGGACCUGAGCACAAACUCAGUCUGACUGACGUCGGAUUGGAAGUGGAAUAUUUGCGGAGUGAGGAAUACAAGCAUUACACAAAACGAAUUUUGCGAUUGUCGGACACAGAAUCAACGAAAUCAAGAGAAAUAAUUCAGUUCCAUUACAACACAUGGCCUGAUUUCGGCAUACCCAGUUCACCGAUUGAAUUUUUACAAUUUCUCAAACAGGUUCGUGAUUCAAAUGCACUGAGUGCUGAUGUUGGUCCAGCUAUUGUGCAUUGUAGUGCUGGUAUUGGCCGAUCGGGAACAUUUUGCUUGGUCGACACAUGCUUGGUUUUGGUGGAAAACGAUGGAGAAAAUAAGGUCUCGGUGUGUGAUUUGCUGUUAGAGUUGCGUCGUUAUCGAAUGGGCUUGAUUCAGACGUUUGAUCAACUGUUCUUUUCAUAUCAAGCCAUUAUCGAUGGUAUCAAGCAUCUCAACGAUCCUAGUUUUAGCGACUACGAGGAAGUUCCUGUUAUUUCUUACAAUGAAGAAGACGUUCCACCGCCAUUACCGCCGCCACGGGAUUCGUCACUCCAGUUAAAGGGUACGCCAGUCAUACCAACGAGUGCAAGUGCUCACGAAUUCCGGGACGUAGAGAAGCGAAAAAAUGCUGAGAACAACAUCGAUCGACCGUUACCACCGUUGCCGCGUGAAAAUUCGUUACCCAAAUUGGAUGAAUCGGGAAGUGAUGAAAUCGAAGAGGACGACAGUGAUGUGUACGAGGAUGAUGAUUCGGUCAGCGGCAAUGACGCACCGGUAAACGAUCACGAUGAGAACAUUGUGAAAACAACGAACGGUUACAGCGAUGAAUCGUCAUUCGACGCUAAUGCAACACUGCCGCUGUCACCGUCCGAAAAGGCUACAAUGAAUGGAACUGGUGAAAGAUCGGAAGCUAGUGAAUUGCGUCGGCGCCAACGUUUGGAGAAGCAAUCGGCAAUGGCAAACAAAGUGAAAGAAAUGAAGCGGAAACAGCAGGCGUGCGAAGAGGAAGCCGGGAAGCCGAAAAAACGCAGGCUACAACAAAGUCCGGCUAAGAAAUCACUUCCAUAGAAACGUUAUACCAUAAAAAAAAUUGUAUAAUGAGCGCGGGUUAUAAGGCAGGUUUUUUGAUUUCCUAAUAUAAAAAAAGAAAAUUCUAAAAUUAAUUGUAACUUGAAAUCGUAAUUAAUUGAUUGACUCAAAUCAAUUAAAUGUUUUUUUUUUGGUUUGAAAUUUGACUUUAUAAUGAAACAACGAAAGUUAACAAAAUAUUUCGCUAUAGAUAAAAAAUGUACAAAACAUCGCAACUUUAUUCGGACAAAUCAGUACAAUAAAACCCCAUGUAAACAACUGACGUAAUAAAACUGAACAACAACGUUUGGAAAGUGCAAAAUUUACAAACUUUCUAAAUUAUAGAACCUUUCAUUUUCGUAUACAUUUCUGUUCACAAAAUCUGCAGCUAAAAAUUUUUUUAUUUUAAAAACGGCAAGCGUAUCACUAUCAUAAGCCCCACAUCACCUUUUUUUUGUUUAAAGUACUAGAUUACAAUUAUUUUCAGUCAUCAUAGAUAUGUUGCCAAUUAUCAAAUCGACGGCGUCAAAAAAUAGCUAUUUUGCUAAAUGGUAUUGUUUUGCGCACUAGUUGUGAGUUUGCCAAUACGAGCGAAGCGAGUUCGUCAACACAUCGUCUGCGCAAAACCUCUAUUUAUUAAUGUGUUAAUAAUAAGACUUUAUCUACUGUUAGUGAAAAUAUUCAUAAUUUUCAUGCAACUCUUAACUAACACAAUAUCCUACUACACAUGAUCGUAGCAUCAAUCUAGCUGUCAAUCAAAAUAUUUAACACACUCGAGAAAUCAUGAUGAUAUGCUUGCCGUUUGUGAAAUGUUAAAAUGUACAAUUGGUUCUAGAAAUGUGCCAUGAUUCAUUUUUUUAAAUGUUCUGUUGAUCAUCAUUUUUAUCGGUCAUACAGUUUCACUAAAGGUCAUGCAUAUGAUCAGAUGCAUGUAAUAAUUAACAUUUUAGCAAUCAAAAUAUAAAAUUUGGUAAUGGAGGAUAGAUGGUCAACAAAUGAAUGAAUCGAAAAAUUAAAAAAAAAGAAAAAUUACGAAAUUUCGAUUACUUUCCAUUUUCUUGCAUAUAACUUUUUCCGAUAUACCUACAACUAGACACGGUAAAUCGUUUGUCGAUAACAAUGACAGAAAUAAGCGAUGAUCCACGGCAAUAUCGUGAUCUUAUAUAGUACAGUUAAUGUUCAACAAAAGAAGUAAAAGAAUUUGUGUUAAGCUGCUCUACACGAUACUUUAUGGAAAUUCACCUCAUUGAAAACAUUAAACAUUUUGACAAGAAAAAACCUUUUAAAACCAAUAAAAAAUAUUUGAGAUGGAUAUAUUUUUAUAAAGUGUACUCUGUAAUUGAUGGGGCAUUUUUGUAUGUCAUAAUUAUAUGAAUGGAAUAUAAAUAAAUAAAUAGUGAAACAGAAAAAUUAAAAAUUAAAAGAAAUAACGAAAACAUGAAAAUUUUAGAACAUUUUGAUUAUUUUUUAAGCUAAAACUGAGAGAGAAAGAAACGAAAUUUCCAUUUGAAUCAGUUAUUUAAGCAAUGAAUCUUUUAUUAACCUUAUCAUAAUACCCUAUACUUAUGUAAUUUUGAUUUGAGUGUAUUAUUUCACGCAGUUAAUUUUCAUAUUGUUAUUUAAAAU